UGAUGCGGCUGUCACUGGCUCGGCGGCUCCCGGGAAGCCGCGAGUUUCCGCGGGGAGGCGGCGGCGGCCGGGCAGGAUCUGCAGCCUGCGCUGAGUCAGCACUGCUCAGCUGGCCAGCGAUGCCCUGUCUCCGUCUGCACAAAAUGACAGUGCCAGAGUCCACCAGCCCAGGAGCUCAACCUCACGCUGAAUCCAGCCUGCUGCUCUGAUGCCGAAGGGGAGGCAGGAAGUGCCACACAUCGAUGCCCCCCUGGGCUUGCCCACCUGCCUCUGGCAGUUAGCAGGGCUCUGCUUACUGCUUCCCUGGUUCCUGGGCCUGGCAGAGGCAGGCGGGCCUGAGGCCCAGCAGCCAGGGGGGCUCAGCUGGGCCGUGCGUCUGCACAGCCGGGAAGGUGAGCAGGAGGAAAAGACUAUGCAACGGCGGGCUGAUGCCCUGGCGCAGGCAGCAGGGCUGGUGAACACAGGGCGCAUCGGCGAGCUCCGCGGGCACUACCUGUUUGUGCAGCCUGCUGGACACAGGCCAGCCAUGGACGUGGAGGCUGCCCGGCAGCAGGCCGAGGCUGUGCUGGCUGGCCACGCAGAUGUGCGCUGGCACUCCGAGCAGAGGCUGCUCAGACGCACCAAGCGUAGCAUCUAUUUCAACGACCCCAAGUACCCACAGCAGUGGCACCUGAACAACCGACAGAGCCCCGGCAGAGACAUCAACGUGACAGGUGUGUGGGAGCGCAACGUCACGGGCCGAGGGGUCACAGUAGUGGUGGUGGAUGACGGAGUGGAGCACACUGUCCAGGACAUUGCACCCAACUACAGCCCAGAGGGGAGCUACGACCUCAACUCCAACGACCCUGACCCCAUGCCCCACCCGGACUUGGAGAAUGGGAACCACCAUGGCACACGCUGUGCUGGAGAGAUAGCCGCCGUGCCCAACAACAGCUUCUGUGCAGUGGGCGUGGCCUUCGGGAGCCGUAUCGCAGGUAUCCGGGUGCUGGACGGACCCCUCACUGACAGCAUGGAGGCGGUGGCAUUCAACAAGCACUACCAGAUCAAUGACAUCUACAGCUGCAGCUGGGGCCCUGAUGAUGACGGGAAGACGGUAGAUGGCCCGCACCAGCUUGGGAAGGCUGCCUUGCAACACGGGGUGAUGGCUGGCCGCCGGGGCUUCGGGAGCAUCUUCGUGGUGGCCAGUGGAAACGGGGGCCAACACAACGACAACUGCAACUACGACGGCUACGCCAACUCCAUCUACACGGUCACCAUAGGUGCCGUGGACGAGGAGGGUCGGAUGCCCUUCUACGCAGAGGAGUGUGCCUCCAUGCUGGCUGUCACCUUCAGCGGCGGGGACAAGAUGCUCCGCAGCAUUGUGACCACUGACUGGGACCUUCAGAAGGGCACUGGCUGCACUGAGGGCCACACAGGGACCUCAGCUGCAGCGCCCUUGGCAGCCGGCAUGAUCGCCUUAAUGCUGCAGGUGCGGCCCUGCCUCACGUGGCGAGAUGUCCAGCACAUCAUCGUCUUCACGGCCACCCAGUACGAAGAUCGCCAUGCAGACUGGAUCACCAACGAGGCGGGCUUCAGCCAUAGCCACCAACAUGGCUUUGGCCUGCUCAAUGCCUGGAGACUCGUGAAUGCGGCAAAGGUCUGGACCUCUGUCCCUUACUUAGCUUCCUACGUCAGCCCCGUAAUCAAAGAGAACAAGGCCAUCCCGCAGUCGCCCCGCACCCUGGAGGUCCGCUGGAAUGUUAGCAGGACCGACCUGGAAAUGUCGGGGCUGAAGACACUGGAGCACGUGGCUGUAACCGUGUCCAUCACUCACCCACGCCGCGGCAACUUGGAACUGAAGCUGUUUUGCCCCAGUGGCAUGAUGUCCCUCAUCGGUGCCCCACGCAGCAUGGACUCGGAUCCCAGCGGCUUCAACGACUGGACCUUCUCUACUGUGCGAUGCUGGGGGGAGAGAGCGAAGGGGGUUUAUAGACUGGUCGUCAGGGAUGUGGGAGAUGAGUCACUGCAGGUCGGCGUCCUCCGGCAGUGGCAGCUGACCCUAUAUGGCUCUGUGUGGAGUCCAGUAGACAUCAGGGACCGACAGAGGCUGCUGGAGAAUGCCAUGAGUGGGAAGUACCUGCAUGACAGCUUCACCCUGCCCUGCCCCCCAGGGCUCAGCAUCCCUGAGGAGGAUGGGUACACCAUCACUCCGAACACACUCAAGACCCUGGUGCUGGUGGGCUGCUUCACUGUCUUCUGGACCAUGUACUACAUGCUGGAGGUGUACCUGAGCCAGAGGAGCAUGGCUUCCAGCUCAGCCUGCAGGAAUGGGGCCUGCCGCUGGCCCCGCCGGACCCGGAAAGCCAGGGAGGAGGGCACAGAGCUGGAGUCUGUGCCACUCUGCAACCUCAAGGAUCUUCAUGGUGGGGAGGCAGAGAGCACAGACCCUGCUGCCAGCCCUGGCCUCCUGGACCCAGAGCACCUAGAAGAAGGGGCCUGGCACCCAGCCCUGAACAGCAAGGGUACUCUGGACUGCGCUCCCCAACAGUGCCCCCCAGAGCUGCUACAAGACCAGCAGGAGCAGAUUUGCUGACCCCGGAGCUUGGCCCCUUGUGAGACACGCCUCCCUUCUCCAGAUGGAAGGAACUGGGAAAGCCGUUCCCAGCCGACUGUGGGAGCUCUGGGAGAAGGGCCUCCACAGUGUCCUCCAGCUGUGCUCAGGGAGUGUAGGCCUUCUCCGGGCUCCAGGGGCAGGGGAUUGAUGCCAGAGAACGCUCUGGUGAGAGCCACAGGUCUCCCUUCAAUUCAACAGGAGCUCCUGGUGACAAGGUCUUGGACAAGGCCAUUGGUGUUCCAUUGGGAAAGGCUCCAGCCUCUAGUCUCUUGGGCAAGCAAGAAUGGAGAAGGUACCUGUUGUGUCAAGGAGAGCUUCUCACAGAGGCUUCUCGGGGUCACUUAAGAAGGAGGUGCAAGGGAAGAUGGCUGUGCCUGUCCUGAAAGCAGCUGCCUCCAUCUCCUUUCCCUCUGCUCUUGUGCAGAAGGCAGCCUGGAACAUGGCCAUGCCCUGUCACCCCAGGGGAAGUAUUGGUACGAGGGCCUAGCAGGGGUGGGGCUCAGCUUCCUGGGGCCAAGAUGCCCCCUUAGGGAAGUCGGGAAGGAGGCAGAGCAAGUGCCACUCAAGGGCCGAGAAACCCUGUCUUCCUCUGCAACCGCUCAGGGACACAGCCCUCCUCGGAGGCCAGCUGCCUGCCUCCAGGCUGGGCCUCCUCCCCUAGAACCAGCUAAUGGGCUGAUUGGAAUUUUCCUUUUAAAUGCUGAAGUUUGGGCUUACUCUUUUCACAGCAACAUUUUGUUGGCUUUUUUUUUUUCUGCACAGCUUUUCCAAAAUAAAAAUCUUCCAAACCA